AUGGAGAAUCACCUAGACCUUCAACAAGAUCAGGAGAAGGCCAUUCGCGGUGAUGCAGUACCGAGGCUCCUCGAUCGCCGCGAUAGCCGAGCCGCAAUGAUUCGGGGCAUUCGUCUGCACUAUCACUUCGCCAUGAGUGAACCGGUCAAGCGCCUCAGCGCCUCGAUGCCCCUGAUUGCACGAGCACGCAACGCCCGCCGCAUCAUGAGCAAUGACAUACCAGAACGGAUGGCGGCUGAUGAACAACCAUAUUGUAUAUGGCAUCCCGAUAUCGCGACAGAAGAUACCUACCGCUCGUUGGCAUCUAAAUUCCCCGACAUGCGCUAUCAAGUUGGCCGUGCAUGUGCCGCUGCGGGCUACCACGCCCUUUACCAAAGCCUUGAUCUUUUACCCGAAGUCUCUAUUGCUGAAGAGGCCAGGGAAAGCGAGACUGAUGGUGGGAAACUCAUUUACGAUGAGAUCAUGAGUUUCAAAUUCCGCUACGCUAUCAUGGACGACUGCAAACGCAGUAUCGAGCUGAUGGAUUUUGAAUGCCCCGCCCAUCUAAACGGUGAUACCGAAGUGCGAUGGCGUUUAGCAGCUCGACAAGGCAUCACACGCAGUAACAAAGUUGAUCUCCUUCCUUGUAUCGAAGAGGAUAUGCAUGUUGGGCUUGUGGAUCAGGAAUUGGAUGAACGGUACACCAUACUGACCGAUGAAGAAGUUGAACUUCUAUUCAAUCCUCUUCCUCGAGAUCUACCGACGGUGAAAAAGACUUUGUUGGUGCAGAUGGCUGCUCACGACGGUAACAUUGAGCGCUAUGCUCAGCUGACCAAGUCAGGCAGAACCUUGACGCUCCUGGACGAGGACUGUGUUGUUCGCGGUGUCUUGCAUCACACUAUGUACGCUCGGUGGUGGGCGGACCAGAUCAAGAACAACACUAUCUAUGCUAGGUCUGCCCCAUACGUAUGGGAGAUCCAGCGAGCAAUAAUCGCGCGCCGCCUCAUGUUGAACGACCACUUCUUGUUCGAGAACGGCUGGCCAUCCGGAGUGCCGAUGCCGUACAUCAUCUGGUGGCCCUUGCGACCAGAACCUGAGAUGCUGCGCCUUCUCGCCGAGCAGGUGCCUGAGAUGAAGAUGCAGGCCGCCGCUGCAGCAAUCGCCUGCGAUUAUGACUAUAUUUACAGAGCGCUUGACCCAGAACCAAGCUGGCAUCUAUGGAAGGUUGCCACAAUGUUCUCAUCCAACCCGUUUUACCGUGAGGAUCAAGAGCGGCGCGGGAGGGAGAAGAAUGUCGACGUUGAGGAUAACACUUCUAUGGACGUUCAAUAUCGUCAACUGAUGCAGACUAGAGAGUUUACGGUGAUUGACGAGGAUGGUGGGAAGAUUCGAGACACUGUCGAGAAGCGUAAAAUACCAGACAGCUCAUGGAAUAAGGUACUCAGCACAAGUCUGGUACAGGCCAGAGUCUGGCAAGGCAUUGGAAAUGUAUCACCAGAAUAG